GGCGCAACUUCUAUCCGAUACAAUAAAGGCAGUGACUUUUGCGCUCAACCGAAUAGGAGGGCAACUGUUGGAGUUCCUGGACCCGCGGAGCAAUGUUAGGGGCGUGGAUUCUGCAUCGCGCUGGGGUCUUUUCACUCAGACACCGAGAUUAAGUUUGGGUUUUUAUAGUUCCACCGAAUGGCGUGCCGGAUUCUGCAGUUGCAGCGCCACGUCGCGCUGCAGAGACCCGGCUUGCAAGCGACCGCCACCGCUUUGCUGACUCGGUGCUGCUGGUACGAGAGGCGCGCAGCCCGGCGAGUCUGGCCUGAGCCCAGCGGCCGUGACCAUGGUAACCGCGACCUCGCCGUGCUUCGGCGCAGCUUCAGCGCCGGGUCUCCGCCGUCGGCAACCAAGCAUCGGCCGCCGCUCCUGAGCAGUGCCGAGGCCGUGCCCGGGCGGCAGCAGAAACAGGACGCGGGCCGGGAGACUGAGCGGCACCGGGCCGGCGCUGGACCUGCAGCCGCGGAUGUCAAGAGGUUGCUGGCUCUAGCCUACCCGCAGCGGUGGCCGCUGGCAGCUGCUGUGGGCUUUCUAGGUGUGUCCAGCAUGGUGACCAUGUCUGCACCAUUCUUUCUCGGAAAGGUUAUCGAUACCAUUUACACAAAUCCUGCAGGAGGUGAUGUUACUACGAGCUUGACUUCACUCUGUGCUGUACUAAGUGGCAUCUUUCUUUGUGGAGCUGCUGCCAAUGGUGCCCGUGUCUACCUCAUGCAGAUCUCAGGGCAGCAUAUUGUCAGACGCUUGAGGGGAAGAUUAUUUUCUUCGAUUCUUGGUCAGGAGGUUGGGUUUUUCGAUAAGACCAGCACAGGAGAGCUGAUAAACCGACUUUCAUCUGAUGCUGUCGUGCUUGGGCACUCAGUCACCGAGAACUUGUCUGAUGGGCUAAGAGCUGUGGGCCAGGCAUCAGCUGGUGUUGGCAUGAUGUUCUGGGUGUCACCUAAGCUGGCCAUGUUUGUCCUGGGCAUUGUUCCCCCAGUUGCCGCAUUAGCAGUGUUUUACGGACGAUACAUUCGCAAGCUUGCUGGAGUGACCCAGGAUUCACUAGCUGGUGCUACACAGCUUGCUGAAGAGCGCAUUGGAAAUAUAAGGACUGUCCGUGCCUUUGCCAAAGAGGACUCGGAGCUGCAGAUGUACAUGAACAAAAUCAGCCAUGUGCUACAGCUUGCCAGGAAAGAAGCAGUGGCCCGGGCAGGGUUUUAUGGGGCAACUGGACUGACGGGAAACCUGAUUGUUCUCUCAGUCCUCUACAAGGGAGGCCUGAUGAUGGGUGAAGCCCACAUGACAGUGGGAGAACUCACCUCCUUUAUGAUGUAUGCCUUCUGGGUGGGAAUAAGUAUUGGAGGCCUUGGCUCUUUCUAUUCGGCUUUAAUGAAGGGACUUGGAGCAGGGAGCCGGCUAUGGGAACUACUUGAAAGGAAACCAGCAAUGCCACUCAAUGAGGGCAAGGUUUUGCUACCAGAGGAGUUUAAAGGGGCCAUUGAGUUCUGUGGUGUCCAGUUUGCCUAUCCAACCCGCCAGGAAAUUGAUAUAUUCAGUGGGCUAGAUCUGUCUAUCCCAGCGGGCUCUGUGAUGGCUGUAGUCGGUCUCAGUGGCUCUGGAAAAUCAACAUUGGUGUCCCUGUUGCUUCGUCUGUAUGAUCCAGUUUUGGGCACUGUUACUGUUGAUGGCCAUGAUAUUCGCAGCCUCAAUCCACACUGGUUACGUGAAAACAUUGGAGUGGUGAAUCAGGAGCCCAUUCUGUUCUCCUGCUCGAUUGCAGAGAAUAUUGCUUAUGGUGCCACCAAGGACUCCAAUAUAACGAUGGAAGACAUUGAAAAGGCUGCCAAAAUUGCAAAUGCUUAUGAGUUCAUCUGCAGCUUCCCUGAAGGCUUUCAAACAGUGGUUGGGGAGAAAGGUGUCUUGCUCUCAGGUGGCCAGAAGCAAAGGGUUGCAAUUGCUCGAGCUCUGAUGAAGAAUCCUAAAAUUCUAUUGCUAGAUGAAGCCACUAGUGCACUGGAUUCACAGAAUGAAUACUUGGUGCAAGAAGCUUUGGAUCGAUUGAUGGAAGGAAGAACAGUACUGAUCAUUGCCCAUCGCCUGUCAACCAUUCAGAAUGCUGAUGCUGUUGCUGUCCUGGAUCAGGGCAAGAUUGUCGAGUGUGGCUCACACCACGAACUGCUCAUGAAUUCUGAGGGAUUGUUUCGAAAACUUGUAGAGAAGCAGACUUUUUUACAGAACACUCAAAGACUUGUGUUGAAUGUAUAAAUGUGCCUAAAUGUUGAUAACUUCACUCCAAACCACUUUUUCCAAAAAAUAAAAUCUCAAUUCCAGGUGACAGAUGAACACUUUGGGUUCUGAUUGACGACAGCAUGGGUAAGUAGAUUUUGUACAGUGAGAAUAUCAAAUCCCUUCUAUAGACUGGGGUAGAUGGAGAAACAUGAUAGUUUUUGUUUCAUGGAGUCAAAAGACAUGUUUCACCCCAGAGUACAUUCCACUCAUCUCACAGGAGUAGAUGGACCAUGGCAUUAUUUUGCAUGGGUCACAUCUUAACACUGAGCCCUUGAUGAAAAGAAGAAAGCAAACUUUUUGAUAGCUGAAGUUGCCCUUCUACAAAUGAUUCACUAUUUUAUAACUUUUUGGACUCUCAGUAGGAGAGGCCUAUUGUUGGUAAGUGACUUCCCCAGGUGAUUAGUAGGAUAUCAAACUCAGCAUUGAGGAAAUAUGUAGAGUUCUGUGUAUUUUAUGGAAUUUAAAAGUAUGGUCUUAUGUUUAUAGUUAAUUAGAAAUGUUUAAUUUUUUCCACUCAUGGUGAUUUAUAAAUAUACAUACAGAUUAAGUUCAGGCAUGUGAUCCUUGCAGCUCUGGCAUUUUUACAGCAAAUUAAAAAUGACCAACUUACAAUUUGUAAAUGGAGUAUUUUUCUUUUAGCUACCCUUUUCCCACAAAUGUUUUCCCUUGAUUGCCCCACCAGCCCCUCCCUCUUUUUAAAAAAGAAAAGAACAUGAGAGAAAAGUGUUAUUAAAAGACUGUAACAAUUCCAGCCACAUAAUUCUUACCAUUGUCUUCUCUUAGGAAGCUGAUCUGCUGCUCGAGCACUCAUUCAGGGGAAAAAAAACAUUGGUUCCUUGCCUUUUAAUGUCAAGUAAUU